AUGUUUAACCCGGAGCGCCCGUUCACGGAGAGGGGCCACUUCUCCUCCAUGGAGUACCAGCGGCAGCUGGAGGAGGAGGAGGGCUACCCGCCUCCCGGCGCCAACGGGACCUUCAACGACAGCGGGGCCGGGCUGGGAUGGAGCAUGCCGUACCCCCUGCACACCACCGUCACCCUCAUCAGCCUGGCGGGCUUGCUCAUGCUCUUCACCGUCUUCGGCAACGUCCUGGUCAUCAUUGCCGUCUUCACCAGCCGGGCGCUCAAGGCCCCCCAGAACCUCUUCCUGGUGUCCUUAGCCUCAGCCGACAUCCUGGUGGCCACGCUGGUCAUCCCCUUCUCCCUGGCGAACGAGGUGAUGGGCUACUGGUACUUUGGCAAAGUCUGGUGCGAGAUCUACCUGGCCUUGGACGUGCUGUUCUGCACCUCCUCCAUCGUGCAUUUGUGCGCCAUCAGCCUGGACCGCUACUGGUCCAUCACUCAAGCCAUCGAAUACAACCUCAAGCGCACCCCGCGCCGCAUCAAGUGCAUCAUCUUCAUCGUCUGGGUCAUCUCGGCCGUCAUCUCCUUCCCGCCGCUCAUCUCCAUAGAGAAGAAGAGCGGGCAGAAGGUGGACCAGUGGCCGGCAGGGUGCAAGAUCAAUGACGAGAAGUGGUACAUCAUCUCGUCGAGCAUCGGCUCCUUCUUCACCCCGUGCCUCAUCAUGAUCCUGGUCUACGUGCGCAUCUAUCAGAUAGCCAAGAGGCGAACCAGGGUCCCGCUGAACAAGAGGGCGGAGCGCCCGGAGAAAAAGCAGAAUGGCUUGGCUGACAAGGAGGACCUGCCAGCUUCAGCCCAGCUCAAUGGGGAGAAAGCGGCCGGAGCUGGAGAUGGGCAGGAGGGAGAGGUCAACGGCAUAGAUAUGGAAGAAACCUCCUCCUCUGAGCACCAGGAGAACAACCAACCCAAGAAGUCAGAGAGACCCCUGCGGGGAAAGACCAAGACUAAGCUGAGCCAGAUUAAACCUGGGGACGCUUUGCCCAGGAAGACGGAGGAGGAGAGGAACACCAAAGGGUCCCGAUGGAGGGGCAGGCAGAACCGGGAGAAGCGUUUCACCUUCGUGCUCGCAGUGGUGAUUGGGGUCUUUGUCAUCUGCUGGUUCCCAUUCUUCUUCACCUACACGCUGACUGCAGUCUGCAAGAGCUGCUCUGUGCCUGCCACCCUCUUCAAGUUCUUCUUCUGGUUCGGUUACUGCAAUAGCUCCUUGAACCCCGUCAUCUACACCAUUUUCAACCACGACUUCAGACGGGCCUUCAAAAGGAUCCUCUGCAGGAUAGAGAGGAAAAGGAUCGUUUGAAGGACCUGUGGGCAGAACUAAUAAUUCAAGACUUUGCAAGAGAGUAAGGCAUGGCUUCUUGGGCUGUGCUUGCAUGGGAUGGUUUCCUUCAGCUUGUGAUCAGGAAGCCUUCCAAACCUGAGAUGAGCCCACUGAAACGCCCAACAGCGGCAGCAAGGAGCGGCAGGCAAGUGGAGGUCUGAGCCUGGCACUCAGCUCCCAGGGGAGGAUGACUUUCGAUUCGCUCGGUUUACUUUGUGAGAUUUUUUUCUUUUGCCACAGAGUCUCUCAGUGGAUAUUUUCUUGACUGCUCAGUUUGACUCUUUAAAGACAAAUGACGCACAGCUCCGUGGGAUGAACAGCAAAGAGGGAGUAUGCCCCUUCAGAGGUGUUGGCUUUUUAUUUUGUUGUAUCUUCCCCCUCCCCUUACCCCCCAUUGUAUAUGUAAUUAAUUUUAACCCCCUUGUAAAAUACAGUAUUGUAUCUCUGCAUCUGAAUGUCUUGAUUUCUGUAAGGCAAGCAGCUUUGAAACUCUGAAUGCUUUAAUUAUGUUUGACACCUGAAAACUCCCUCUCUUCCCAUUCCCUGAAAUCCUCCUUACUCAAAACCAACAAAGAGUUAGAGCAGUUUCCCCUGCCUGACAAGUGGAUAAUAUUACCAACAUUUCCAUUUCCAAUGUCCUGCUGUUCUUUUUUCUAUUUUUUUUCUUUUUUUUUUUUUUUUCUUUUUGGCUAUAGAGCUGAGGAUCACACUCCCUAACAGUCUAGUUUUGGUUGUUUUGUUUUGUUUUGUUUUGUUUUUUCAUUUUCUCUCUGUUCUACCUGGUUCUGUUGAAUUCAGUGCUGCCCGUGGUACGAUAAGGCUGAGCUAUAACUUCCAUGUCCCUACCAGCUGCAGCAGAGCCGUGGGGCGGUUGCCGUGCAGGCGGGCACCCAAGGGCUGCUGAGGGCUCUUUCUCACGCCGUGCAGAGCUUGGGACCCAGCCAAGCUCUCAGCAACUUCCCCUCGGCUGAUAUUAUACUGUAUUGAAGCGCCAAAGUGUGUUCAAUGCUAACUCGGUUCCCCCACCCCCGACUGUAAAUAGAUAACAUUUCAAAGCAAACGUCAGCGCUCCGUAUAUCACGCUGUCUUGUUUCUAUUGAUUUUCUGCUGUUUUAACUCCCGCUGUGUUCCCUGAGUGAGGGAGAGUUCAGUUUGCAAUCUGCCGCUCUCAUCUGCCCUAGGAAAUGCUGAAGCAUCCCUCUUGCGGUCUUACACAGGGCAAAGCUCUGAAAGGGGGAACUUCCUGGCAGGUUCCCCACUAUUUUAUAGUGUAAGAGAGCCUUUUUUUUUUUUUUUUUUUUUUUAAUUAAAAAAAAAAAACAAACCACAAAGUGUAAAUAUUGUGAGGUUGGAGCAGGAGAGAGAGUUAAUGCUGCCUUUCCACUCCUCUCUUGAAAUGUCUUUCAGCUUUUUCUGCUCAAAACUAAAAACACAAAGAGAACAAAUGUCACAUCCUUCUGCCGUGGAGAAAUUUCUGGAGAAUGCUGAAAGGAAAAACUUCCUGAUCUCUCUUAAUAAACGAGUCUGCAAGCCUCCUAAUGCCACCCGUACAGCUCUUCAGUGAUGACAGAUCAUAGGAACUGUUUGGAGAAAGCAAAGUUCAAAUCUCACGUAUAGGAUGGAUUUGCCUUCUGUAGGGUUGUGUGGUGCACAGGAAGAGACUUUAAAGCAGCACCUUUUUACUUUUGGAUGUGUUCUGUUGAUUUUGCUCCCUUCUGACUUUGUAUUCACUCGCAGGGUGCCCGGACGCACCCUGGGACCUGGCGAGCAGUGUUUACAUUCACUUGCGUUUUCAGAGUUGAAUCCUCAAAAGGUGAGGAGAGCAAAUAAACUGUGCUUGACUGUAAAAACAAAGCAGAAAACACAAGCAGAGGUUGCUACAAUGGAUGAUUAUUUUUAAUAAAUAAAAGAGUG